AAGUUCUGACUGAUUCAAUUUUCAAAUGCAUCGGAUGUUCGUAAAAAUUUUAUUUCCUGUUACUCUACUCAAGUGAAGAAUAUCGUACGGAAUAAAAGCUCGAGCAAAUGAAACAAAAGACUGCAGAGAAAAAGUUCCCUAGGUGUCAGUAAAAAUUUUAUUUCUGUUCUUAGAAAAUCGACAAAAUGGCAGGCUGAAAUUUCUUUCUAGAUUUUACCUCAGUUUUCUUCGAAAACAAUUCCUCGGAUUGGUAUAUGACUCGUGUGCUGAACGUUGGAAUAUUUUAUUAGGAAAAAUGGCAGAAGCCGUUGAUUUCCUGUGACCCGAAUGGAGUCGUAAAAAUAGAAUGGAACAGGUUCGAUAAUCGAAUUAUUUUCGUCGUUCAGGUUAAAAAAGGAGAAGGAAACAAGAGAUCGAAGUACGAGAGCUUCGACUAAGAGAAAGAAACUUUCUACCAAAAAGAAACUGAAAAAAAGUACUCGCUAACUGACACUGAGAAUGCCAUAAUUAGACAACUACCAAUAACAAUCGAUUAAUUUAAUUCACCUGAUCGCGCGUUUGUUGUCCGUGGUUCACACGACUUAUCGAAAGCUAUCGAUCAUUGGACCAAAAUGGUAUUUUCGUGUCACAGACAAUAAUACGCGUGUGAAUGAAACAGAGAGAGUGAGUAAGUGAAUGAGUGAGAGAGAGAAUUUAACGACAAAGCUGCCAUUUUCAACCCCUAAUCGGCACCGUGGAUCAAACAAAACUUUCCAACAAAACUCUCGUUGAAAUAGAGAACUCGAUGGAACAUUAAUGCACAGAUACUCAGAACAUCGAGUCAGAAAUGUACCGUAGGUAUGAAUAUAAUUCCAGCCAAUAACCAAUCAGACGUAUUAAAUUGUUCCGGAAACGCCCUACCAAUCAAUAUAUAUUAUCCCCGACAUCCAAUUACCAUGCUUCUCCUUCCACCACUAUAACAAAUCAUGUAUACAGUAAUACAGAGAGUAAUCAAUUCGGAUUGCGAUCGACAUAAUCGAAACUCGAUCGACGGCGUUUAGAUCGUAAAGAAAUUAAUUUAUUCUUAAUAAUAGAUAAUGAAUCGAACAUUAGUGCGCACGUUUUCAUGUAUUUAUGUAUAAGAUACAUUCGUAUAUGUACACGUAAUUCGUGGUAUAUAUUCAAGUAUAUAUUUUCGCGACAUAACAACAAAGUAUGGAAACGAAGCAGAAAUAUAAUUUUUCGAAAUCGUUCGAUAAUCUACGAAAUAAUAUUGCAAACUUCAUUCAAAGGUCUCAGUUUAGAGAAAGGAAGAGAGCCAACUUUGAAACCAUCUAGUAAACUGUUAGAAAUUCAUAUUUAAUCCCACGAUUCAUCAUCUAUUGUCACCUCUGUUACUGUGCUUGCAAUUAAAUUGCAAGAUAACGUGCAAUCGAUUCGUGUAUAUAUACAUACCAUCGGUACGUCAACGUUGUGCCAAAGUUAAAAUUAACCCGAGCGAGAGCAAACAACGUGAAGAGGCAAAGAUCCACGGAACGGCGAAUAGGGGUUGACUCCUAGGACGUGACGUAACCAAUAAUCGCAAGAAUAAUGGUACGAUGAUGCAACGAACUAACAGUUUCUGACAAAAACAGGAUACAGGUUGCCGGCCAUGCCGUGGAGCUGGCUGGGGGCGGCGGCGCCAUCGGCAGCUGCAGCUGCAGCGGUCGCCGCAGCCGCGGUCACCCCAUCCCCUGCAGCUGCACCGCUCGUCCUUGCACCCAGGGCGGCGGCGAGACGAAGUGUUUAUUACGACCCGUUCCUAGCAGCGCACGCGGCGACGCAGGAUCCCAACUACAGGCUACAGGUGAGACACGAGAUUCCUCUGAUUUACCGCCGGAAAUUGUCGCCGGUGCUCUGUUUCCGGGGCGCGAGCGGCAACGAAUGAGUUUUUAAUUAAAUCGAGCAACGCCCCUCGGCCAGAUUGAAACGUCAGCGCGCUUAAUCGAUCACCUUUCAGACGCUGCCGAUAGAUUAUCGUGAAUUAAUUGGUAAACGAACCCCGGUCGAUCGUUGUUUGUAUAUCGAUUCAUCUUCCUCGAUCUACUCGCGACCGGCAGAAAAUUGAAACGCGGUUCGACCCUUGAAAAAUCCAAAUUAAUCGGCGUUUUUUUUUUUUCGAUCUUUCACCGGUUCAACCCUUCAAUGGAUUAUGACAAUUAUUUUGUAGCAGCAAUUACUCUCACGUAUAUGAAAAAAUAAACGAUAAAAAAUUGUCCGAAAGUAUUCGAUGCAUUUUAUGAAUACAUAUAUUAGCGUGUGUGCUGUAUGAAAAGGUUUUGAAAUUUCAUUCGGCAUUACGAGAUACUGGUUAAAUUUCAAAGAAAUGUGAAAAUACAAAAUAUUUAGUUUUACAGAGAUAAACAGUCAGUUAUCCAUUAUGUUAGUAAAUCUGGAUAUUUAAUGAAAUCAUACUUAACAUUUACUGUAUGCUUGAAAUGUAUAUUAAUUUUCUACUAAACUAUUAUAAUAAAUAUCUUGUAACAUCAGUAUAAUCAUCGUGUCUCGUUACAAUAUUCAUGAUAUCUCAAAAUGUUUUAUAUAACAAACACGUGGAUAUAAAUGUUCAAAUAUGAAUUUUAUCAUGAAUUUCAUUAACUUUGGAAAAUAUAUUCAAUACAGAAGCUGGAAAUCCGUACUACUAACAGUAAAUCGAUUGUAUCAAAACAAGAAUAUUUUUCCAUUUUACAUUUAUUUAUUAAUUUUAUAGUUAUUUAUUAAUCUUUUAAUUCUCUGGACUCUUACAAUGCUGAAAGAAUAUUUUUGAUAAAAUAUCCUCUGUCUGGAUAUUUUUCCUUCCCCUCGAAAAUUGAAUUUGUCUCACCGUAGAAGGGUUGAACUACUGAAAAUUCAACAUCCGAACAAUAUUCAAUGUAACAACUCGAUGAUGAAAAUUUAUCGGAGAGAUUGCAACGAUCAAAAUCAACGGAACAUCGUCAAAGGCACGAUUGAAAAUUCGUCACAGACAAUGAUUCCAGCACUCGAGUAUAAAGUAGCCUUUGUACACUUCGAUCGACCAGGAAACGGCGUUUCCACGUGACAAUGGCGGAACCGGUCGGACGUUCUUAUCCUCUAGCAAAAGAGAAAAAGAGAGAGUGAGUUCAUUGUUACCUCUAAAAAAAAAAAAAAAAAAGGGGGGGAAAACCGCUUUUUUUUAAUCAAUACCCGGCUCGAUUCAACGCACUCGAAACGUUGUCUAUCGCGUCGCGGAAACAGAGCACGAGACGUUCGAAAAAAAAAAAAAAAGAAAAACUUAGAAAAGCGUAAAAAAGGAAAGGAUAAAACGAAACGUCGAAACGAACAGAAAGAAACAAAAGAGCUAUAGACCAAA